GACACAACGAUCCAUUCACUCAUCAUAUGGUCGAGUUCUUCCUUCAUUAUCAGCUGAGACACUGGGAUAUUGUGUAUUUUGCUGUCUUGAAGCAUGCGUAUGGUGGUUUUCGGUUCAUUAAUUCCAUCCCUAUCUAUUCGCUUUUGCUGCUGGGCAGAGUUUCACCCAACGCUCCAAGAAUAUGACUCCGACUCGACGACGUCUUGUGGGCGUUAUGGAAAAACAGUUCCCUCUAACCGAGUAAAACUCUCAACAUGCUUCUAAAGGAAAACCUGGCAGGAUGCUCAUGAAGAACAUUUACACUCACACUGAUAUACAAAAUGUGUUGAAUAUGAACUCUGUUAUGAACUCUGCUCCCUUUAGUACCGGGUGGAUGUACAUGAGUACAGAGUAUGGUGGGUGUGAUGUACAGAGUAGGAAUUGUUGAAGAUCAGAAGUCAACGAUCAUAAGGAGUAUGGAAGAGGAUUGCCAACCACUUACUCCCGGAGCAGUCACAACACAGUUAACGCAACUAGCAAUUGGACAAAUAAGCUAAAUAAUAAUGCAAAGCAAAAAAAACAACGAUUCUUCCAUACCAGCCAGCAACAGCAUCUUCCUCGACCAAUUCUUGCCAAUCGCAGCUACAUCCUCUUUCACCAGAAAAAAAGAGACGCUUCUAAGUUUACGCAGACAAGUGCAAGAAUUUAAGAGGACUCACGGAGAGCAAAAAAAACGACAAGAAACAGGAAAAUCCAAAAUGCCACAACAGAUGGUAGAUUUAUGCCCGUAAAUACACAUGGUUUUGUGGUUGGCGUUACGCAGAAAGGCUGAAAAAAUGCGAACAUAAAAUUAUACUCGGCGUAUAUAAUUUCGUUUCGGAGCAACAGCAGCGACAGCAUACUCAUCGGUGUCUUACAAACACGGGCAAUUUAGUUAUUUUUUUUGCUGUGGAAUCACUGGCAGCUUCUUUUUUGUGAGUGCUGCACUGUAUGUCUCAUCGUCCCUCAAAUUCGGCCUACUGGUAAACAACGGUCGGCUUCUGAUUGAGCACAGUGUUGAGGCUACCGAAACUUGUUGAAAGUUUUAAAUAGUCGGCGAGGACUUUUUGCAUACUCCUAUUUUGCAUCCUUAAGGUAGUCCAGUCGUUGAUGCACCUCUCUAGAUCAUCUUUCCCUGAGGCACAGUAUCACGCAGAACACCGCUUUGAUUUCCCUCGUACAUGAUCGUACGCCACUGGCACUGAACAUACUUAUUAUGGUAGUGAGCAUCAGCAAUCGUGAGGUGCGUCAGCCGAUGGUUGGUGUCGUAUCGAUUGCGGUUUGGAAUGAAGAUAGUAAAAUAAAUAAAACUCUCCUGCCACCACCUUACUGGCUGGACGGUUAAAAGCAGAGCACCGUGCACCGUAUUUGUCUGGCUGGCAUCAAGGUGCAAAACCGCAUCCAUAAUGACCAGAUGCCGUGUGACCACAGCCUCUGGUACGUCUGCGUCGGUUGGCUCUGUUUCUGCUUUCUUGGCCCAACUUACCACCCGGUUUGGGAUAUGCGCGAUGUAUGAAAAUGGCAAUAAAGCUGUGGGGCAGUUCUGUUCUGUUUUUUUUUAUGCUAGCUCGUGUACGUGGUUAGUGAUGGUGGGUGGGUACCGUGGAAGUGUGCGCUGAGCUCUGUUUCCGAUCGGUCGCCCAUUCGCGACUUGCACCCGCGCUCUUGUGACAUUUCAACCACAAGCGCAGUUGCUGAUCAAACAUUUGUACGACCUUGUCAAUCUACCGGCUCGUCAUAGGACAGCUGGAGGCAAGGCACACACACGCUCACACGAUCUGACACGGCAGGUGAUAUAAAAUGUCGUCGUCAGCUCGCACACACACAAGGGCAAUGUAAGACUCACGCGCAUACUGCCCCUGCGAUCGAAAUUGUAACGCAGCAUUAAAAAAUAGAAACAAAUGCGAGAGCGAACAGCGACAGCCCGCACACCUGUACCAACCCGAUCACCUAGCUGCAGCUACUACGAGCAGUGGUCGAAACAAGGCGAGCAAAGCUCCAUCUAUCCGUCCAGAACUCGGACAAGUACGUACGUUCAUCUGGCACUGGGUUGAUUUGGCGGUUCGGUUCGGUUUCGUGCCGAAAGGAUGACAAAAGGAGACCUUAAUUGGACAGGUGUGGAUGAACGAGUAUGGGGAAACGAGCCGGAGGGAGAGGAAGCGGUAGAGCGAGAAGCAAAGCAGCGGAGAACGGAGCUGAGGUCAGGUGGGUCGCUGGACCGCCCAGUGGUAAAACCAUUCGCGUAUGCGCACGCGCCCGUCUGCGCGCUAAUGAGUGGCCUUUUAUUGGUGGUAUCGAAUGGAGGGAUGGAUGGUUGAAUGAUGUUGGGGCCUCGCGCGCGCUCGCGCUGUUCCUUUGAGCCCCCGGUGGUCGUUCUGCGCGGUUUAUAACCAUUAUCAUUAAAACCACAAAGACCCCGAACCGCUGCUUGGACUUGGACGGGACUUACCGCGGGGAGGGUUGCAUUUUUUGGGAGGCUUUGUUUCGCCAGAGUCCAUACAGUGCGAAAACAUAAUCGAGUCGUCGGUCGAUCUACCGGACCCUGCCCGCGCCCCCUGCAUCCACUCGCAUCGCAGGCUCAGGGUCCCUAUCCGUCCCUUUGACGGCUGUUGGCCUUCCCGAUCGAACGAAAAUACUAUACCGUAAACCCGUCCACUACAACAAAAAACAGCAUCAGAAACAACAAACCUGAAACUAGACGUACGCCAUUUUUGACCCCAAUUUGUGUCGUUUGCGCGUCAAGUUGCGCCACGAGCACCUGGCGGAGGGGAGGUGAUAGAAGCCUUGUGCCCUCGUUGGUGGGUGUUAAGGAUGUUGGGCAAGGAAGAGAGAGAGAGAGAGAGAACCACGGGAAGAGGACCGCUACACAAAAAACUGUUGCUGUUGCUCACACAAAUAUUCACUGCUGCAUAGAUCAAUCUAUUGUUGACACCGGCAUGCUUCUAUAGGGUAGGAGGCACCCCAGCGGAACCUGGUUGGAGGUGGGAAAAUAUGGAAAAGGAAAGCACCUUCACACGGGCCGACUUGAUUCGUUGAGGUUGUUUUCGUUCUUCUCCACGUCCUCGAGGAUCUUUUUUGGCUUCCUUCGCUUUAUUAUUAUUUUGAAGGAUUAAUAAAUUCAAUACACCUUCAGCCGCGCUCGGCCGGUCAUCACCGUUGAUCGACGUGUCUAUGGCCGGUGGCAGUCUCUCUUGGCUGAUGGUGGUGGGUCAGCAGAUUCCCCCCCCUCUCCUCCCUAUACCCCCACCACCACGCUUCUUCGCGCUUCUCCUUAGUCAAUCUCUUUCUCUUAGAGAAACCAAAACAACAGGUGUUUGAUUAAUCGAAGAUAAAAAGGAACGCCAGUGGAACAACGCAGCGCAAAGCCACCACGCUCAUCAGAGUGGCCUUCUCUUCGCGCUCUGCUUUGUCCGCCUGUCCCGGCCAGCGGUCUCCCUGGUUCCGUUUAUCUUUCCCACCCGAUUCCAACAGGUUGCGGGUGGAUGUCUUGUUUCGCGGUCAUUCUCCCAUCGAAACCUGCUGGCCCGCCGAUGGUCCCGGUUGGCAAGGGAAACCAGUUCAGGGAAAGAUGAGAAGAUGAUGGUGAUGAUGACGAUGGUUAGUUUUAUGCUGUGUGUCGUUGUCGUCUUCAAUCGCUUGGCCGUUCCUUUUGCUUUCCACUUCGUAAACGCUUUGUUUACAAACUGGGAUACAGUUGUACCGACGUAUUGUUCGUGCUCUCAGCACUCACGGCAACACACACACACACACACGUUUCAUCGAGCCUGGUUUCUUGGUAUUGUACCAUUGGGCAAAGUGUGUUCGCGGUCGAGUACCGCAGGUCCGGCAGUUUCCAAUCGUAAAAGCUUACAUAAAGUGGCCGGGUUUGUUGCCUGGUGCGAUCUAUGGUUGGUGAAGUCUUUCAUUUGCACUUCAUCGUGAGUGAAGGCAUCUUUUUGAAAUGUUCCAACAAUUUGAUUAGUCCCCUGUCUGGUUACUGUCGCUUAUUGCACAUCCUAACUGUCCAGGUGACAGCGGUCAUCUGGAUCUCAAAAUUGUUAAUUGGGCACCAAGCGAUAGGAGAGCGAUAGGAGUGCGAGAGGAGAGAGAGAGCGUGAGAACGGUGUCGUGAUCGUCGCAGGGUCAGAUUAGUCGAGAUAGCGCAGGCCUAGUGAUCGGACCCGUUUUUGAGUUUGAAUAAAGUGACAAACUACAAAACCGCCGAACUAUUAUUUUUGAACGGAACAAUUCUCAAAAACGGCCAAGUAUAGUGCGCUAAAGACGCGGAAAACAGGACAUAGAGACUAUACAAUCCGUGUGCGUUGUGUGCUUAGGACAGAGCGUGGCGUUUUUACCAGCACGUCGGUAAAAUAUAGUGCGUCGUCGUGUGCGUUGUGUAGAUAGUGCAUAGCGUUAACCAGUGCGUCGGACAACUGUACAGAGUGUCGUCGUGUGCGUCGCGUAGUUCAGAGAAGUGCACAGCGUUUUACGAGCACGAAGGGAAUGUAUAGUGUGUCCGUGUGUGCGUUUGUGUAGCUUAAGGAAGUGCACAUCGUUUAACGAGAACGCUAAGGAGCAGUACAUCGGGUCGUCGUGUGCGUUGCACGGUUUGAAAAAGUGCACAACGCUUACCAGGUCGUCGUGAAAAGUACAGAGUGUUCCGCGUUGCGUUCGUGUAUUCUAGGAAGAAACACGUGCAAGCGUGUACAUUCGUGUAUCGUGGUUGUGUGCGCUCGCAGCGUGAAGGUGUACAGCGUUUACCGGUACGCCGGACAAAGCGUAUUGUGCCGAGUGUGAGUUCGUGCCUUUCUAGGAAGAAUCGUGUUUGAACAGGAAUCGGAGUGGCGUGCGCUGCGCAGCUUGAAAGUGUACAACGUUUACCGAUGAAAGCAUUGUGUGUCGUUUUGUGUGGACAUUGUUAGUUCGUGCGCAUCGUCAGGUAUUUCGGCAGAAAACGUUUGUGUCCGUUUAGUUUAAACAAUGCCGAGAGUACGGAGAUCUACAGCGAAGGUGCAGGAAGCUGAUGCUCAGAAGAUGGAUGAAGUUGCUGUUAACGUUUCGCGAGAACUCGUUGAUGAGAACAAUGAUGGUAACGUUACGAUUUUAGAGCAACUGAUCGUAGCUGAGAAAUCCAAGCACGCUACCGAAAUGGCAUUGCGAAAGGAGCUGAUUGAACUGAAAAAACAACAUCAAAUGGAACUACGGGAAUUGCAGGAAUCUUUGGAUUCCAUCACGGAAGAGAAACCGAAGGUUUCACGUCGCAUAACAAAAGAUCAAGCAGCGGCCAGGAAAACUAUUUCUUUGGCACUUCCCAAGUUCUGUGGAGAACCAGAUGUGUGGCCGUUUUUCAUCAGCAGCUUCAAAACAACAACGGAAGAGUGUGGGUUGAACAAUAUCGAGAAUAUGAAGCGUUUGAUGGAUAGUCUGGGUGGAGAAGCAUUGGAGGCUGUGAAAGGCAGACUCAUCUUCCCUGAUGCGGUGCCGGGAGUGAUCAAGGAGCUGGAAAGUCGGUUUGGAAGACCAAGAAAGUUGCUAGAAAACCUGCUACGUAAAGUCCGCGAAACGCCUUCGCCUACAGACAAUCAUUUGGAGAGUUUUAUCACGUUUGGGUUUAAAGUGAAGCAGUUAUGUGACCAUCUGGUAGCAAGCAACAUGACAGACCACCAAAAUAAUCCAUUCCUGGUAGAAGAGCUUAUUGACAAGCUUCCUCCGAGAUGCAAGGUGGAGUGGGUUCGUUUCAAACGUGACAAAGAGGGAAGUGUUAUGGCAAUUUUCGGAGAAUACAUUCAGACAGUGAUCGACGAAGUUUCUGAAGUGACUGAUUGUACACCGGUGAGCAGUCAGAAAGCAGGGAAGUACGAAGCUCUGAAACAACGCUCCAGACCAGUGAAAUCGAAUGCAGUCCAAAUGCGCAACAACGUGCAUGAUUUGGAAAAUAGUGGAGUCAACCAGCUCAAGAUGACCUGUUGGGUGUGCAGCAACACAGGGCAUAGCCUCAAGGAGUGUGACCAGUUUAAGGAGAUGACGCUAGUCGAUCGUUUCAAAACAUUGGAGAAGCUCAAAAUAUGUAAGUUGUGUUUGUCCCGUUCCUGCCGCGGUAAAUGUAAAAUUGCUUACAAAUGUCGGGUAGAAGGGUGUAACAGUAGACAUCAUACAUUAAUGCACUGUGCAGAGGAAGUUCUCCAAGUUCACUCAGAAACAGCUAGCCCUGGAACUGUCAUCUAUCGCACGAUGCCGAUUACACUAUAUGCGGAACGAAACAGUGUCGAUGUCAUCGCCUUUAUCGACGAAGGGUCGUCGGGAACUUUGCUGGAAGCCGGAGUCGCCAAACGACUGAAUGUUACUGGACCAACGGAACCGCUGGUUAUCUCGUGGACGAACAGCAUCAAGCGUGAAGAACAUGAUUCAAAGAGAUUUUCGUUGAAAACUUCAGCCCAGGGUUCGUCAGAAAGGUGGAAUCUACUGAACGUUAGAACUGUAUCAGAGCUGUUACUGCCUAAGCCAAAAAAGUCAGUAGCUGAAGUAAUCAAGAAAUAUAAACAUCUUUCAGACGUUCCAGUGCUAGACCACCCUAAUGAAGCGCCAUCUAUGAUUAUUGGUCUGGAUAACAUAGAUUUGUUUGCAGCUUUGGAAACUCGAAUCGGCAACCGCGGAGAACCGAUAGCUGUAAGGUCCAAGCUAGGAUGGACGGUGUACGGUGUCGAUGGAUAUCGUAAGGUGUAUAACGUUCCCGUAAAUAUGCACCAGAUCCAGUCUUUGGACAACAGACAGCUGCACGACAUGAUGAAACAACAAUACCAGCUGGAAGAGCUUCGCAGCGAUAACUACAACCCGCCAAUAGCGAACGAAGAACAACGAGCUAGAGAUAUCCUAGAGAAAACCACGUGUCGAGUAGGAGAUCGGUUUCAAACGGGACUGUUGUGGCGUGAUGAUGUUCGAGAACUUCCCGAAAGCUACCCCAUGGCGGAGAAGAGAAUGCUACAACUGUCCAGAAAGCUCAGUAAGAAACCGGAUCUGAACACUGCGGUAUGUCGGAUGAUACAAGAGUAUCAAGACAAAGGAUAUGCUCACGAGCUAGCGGAGUCGGAGUUAGUCGAAGGCGCCUAUGAACCGGUAUGGUAUUUACCAUUGAACGUGGUACAACAUGCAAAGAAGCCAGACAAGAUAAGACUUGUUUGGGAUGCUGCAGCAUCAGUAGAUGGAGUAUCUUUAAACUCUCUACUGCUUAAAGGACCGGACAUGUUGGUCCCGCUUCCGAAGAUCAUCUGUAAAUUCCGUGAGAAACCCAUCGCGUUUGGAGGGGACAUCAAGGAGAUGUUCCAUCAGCUACGGAUUUGUGAGAAAGACAAACAUGCUCAGCGAUUUCUAUUUGGAACAAAGCCCUGCGGAGCACCUCGUGUGUACGUGAUGGACGUUGCGACCUUUGGUGCUACCUGCUCGCCCUGCUCAGCACAGUACGUGAAGAACCUGAAUGCUCGGGAGUUCGCCGAACAGUUUCCCGGAGCAGCGUCAGCAAUCAUCGGGAAUCAUUACGUGGAUGAUUAUUACGACAGUGCAGACAGCGUUGGCGAAGCGGUUGAGUUGGCGAAGGAUGUGAGAUACCACGAUGUUAUUUCGGAGACUCAAGAUCCCAAGACGUAUCAGACAUCCAGCUUCAUGUCUUCACAGAUGCCAGCGAGACGGCCUUUGGAUGCGUGGCUUACCUAAGAGCAAUCGUGCAUGGCAAAGUAUGCUGUACGUUGGUGAUGAGUCGGUCGAAGGUUGCACCCCUUAAACCAUUGUCAGUACCGCGUUUGGAGCUUCAAGCGGCGGUGCUGGGUGUUCGACUGGCGAAAACCGUUAUCGAGU